AUGGUCUCCCAACGAGAUCGCGAGAUCCUACGCGAUGACCUACGCGCCCGCGGUACAAAACUCAGCGUAGAAGAGCGCGAAGCCCUCCUCAAGAGCUAUCUCCCCGAGCCCACCGAGCUACCACAGAAACCAGCGCAAUCGACUGCCAACGAGCGUCGCAAGACCCGCAAAACGCCCGUCCGGUCAUUCCUCAAGUCGCAAUUACACUACCUCACCUAUGCCAUCACACAUAUCAUCUUCGGCAUCGUUGUCCGUCUCCUGCAGGCUUACCACGCUGUCGUCGACCGCAUUUUCGCAAUCGUCUAUCACCACCACCGCACCCCCGAGCUGAUCCGGAAAGAUGUGAAGAAUCUCAAGCGCUUACCGCAGCAUCUGAGUACUAUUCUCACACUGCGGAAGGAAGAUGACGCCCUUGCGGUGUUGAUGGAUGAGGUUGCUGAAUUGGCGGCCUGGAGUUCGUGCUCCGGGAUUUCCCAGCUCAGUGUAUAUGAGAAGUCUGGUGUCCUGAAAUCAUGCAUCCCAGCCCUCCACCAAAUAAUCACCACCAAACUCGCCUCUUACUACGGCACUCCAAGCCACCAACCACUUCUCCAACUCUACGCCCCUCACCACCCAGUCCACCGCAGUGCACCCAUUUCCAAAAACACCGACAACACUACCAAACCCCAAACCCUGACAAUCCUCCUCCUCUCCUCAACGGACGGCCGCGAGACUCUUGUCGACUUAACCAAGACCUUAGCGGAGAUGAGCCAGAAUGGCAAGCUUUCCCCGGAGGAUAUCACCCCGGAAUUGGUCGACGCGGAGAUUAGCGAGAUCACUACGCAGCCAUUAUCUAUGGAUCCCACGUUGCCGGAUACGGUGCUGAAACCUGAGCCAGAUCUGUUGCUUGUUUUUGGUCCGUUCCUUAAGCUCGAUGGGUAUCCGCCGUGGCAGUUAAGGUUGACGGAGAUGUAUUGUACUGGUGGACGCAGUCAUGGACUUAGUGGGGAUGGAGAGGCUGUGGAGUAUCAAGGGUAUAUGCGUGGUCUUUGGCACUUUGCUGGAGCCCAGAUGAGGUUUGGUAGGUAG